AUGGCACUCAACAGCAUGAGCGCCUUCAUCUUCGUGCUGCUCGCGCUCUCAGCCCCGCUGGCCGUCGUGGCCGGCGACCCGGACAUCCUCACCGACUUCGUCGUCCCGCCGGUAGUGCUCGGCAACAUCACCGGCGAGUACUUCACGUUCCGCGGCUUCCGCGCCGCGCUGAGCAAGACCGCCCCCGAGCCGCAGAACUUCACGGUGACGAAGGCCUCCAUGGCGGAGUUCCCGGUCCUCAACGGCCAGAGCGUGUCCUAUGCCGCGCUCUCGUACCCGCCGGGCUCCGUCAACCCCACGCACACCCACCCGCGCGCCUCCGAGCUGCUGCUCGUCGUCGACGGCGCGCUCUCCGUCGGCUUCGUCGACACGGCCAACAAGCUCUACACCCAGGACCUGGCCACGGGCGACAUGUUCGUGUUCCCCAAGGGCACCGUGCACUGGCAGUUCAACCAAGGCACCCAGCCCGCCAGGGCGCUCUCGGCGUUCGGGAGCGCGGCCGCCGGGCUCGUGAACGUGCCCGUCACCGUGUUCGGCACCGGCAUCGACGACGCCGUCCUCGCCAAGUCGUUCAAGACCGACGUGGCGACGGUCCAGAAGCUCAAGGCUGUCCUCACUCCUUCCCCCCAGAAGGCAUAA